GUUAUUGAUUAUUUGCGUGUUUCAAGACUCGCCUUUGUCAAAAGACACAUGUCUUCCUCCAUGUCCUCUUCUACCUUUGUGGAAGGGCUUGUGUACUCACAGCAAGGCAGCGGAAAGCACAACACCUUCGGCUCGCUUGCGCGCCGCACGCAAAAACUCGGUGCUGAGCUCUGUGGACGUCUUUCACAGGUAGUCUUACAGCAGCCGUGGUGCAUGACGGAAUCUUCUUCAGCAUCACCCGCCGUCGCCAGCGAACCAUCGCCUUCCUUCAUUUCAGAUGUACAACGAGACCUAUCGGCGCACUACGGCUCGCACGCACUGCGUCGUGGCCUCGCUAAGCCUUUCGGGCCGUGCGUGCGCCCGCUGCUCCGUAAAGGCAAGCUAUGCGUCGCACGGGCCGGUGUGCACGGGCCUCGUUACAUGCGCGUGUGGAAGUUGUGUCGUGCGCGUCGAUGCUGGUGUCCGCGUUGUGGUGUGUGGCUGACACGGGGAGUUGGUGCCACUGCGCAACAGAGCGAGAAAUGGGUCCUUCCGACAGUGAUGGAGUGCCGUGUGCGGCAGCGCGGUGCACUUCGUUGUCAUCGUCGCUGCCGCGGCGCAAGCAACGCCUCCCCCUGCAGGAAGUUCACCGUGUGCUGCGUCCGUUGUUUUAAUGAGGCGUCUCGCGCGGCUACUCUUGCGGCAGGCAAGCAACCGUUUGACGGAGCAGACACCAUCGAACCUGCACAACGCCGAGUGCAGCCCAUCAUUGCCAGCACGGCGGAUGCCCGUGAAAAGCGCAGAAGGAGCGCUGAACAGGCAGUGGCGGCUGUUGUUGCGGCAGCGCGGGUGCCGAAGCGCAAUCGGCGAUUUCACCGCCGCAGCGCGCGCCGUCCACGCAAGGAAGAGCAAGCAGCACGAGGUGGAAAGCUGAAGGAGCUUUCUUCGUCCGCCACCGCCGCCCAUUUGCGUCAGACACUCGCGGCUUCCUUGACAACGAAAAAAACGGCUCGCGAUGCCUCUUUAGCUGCAGCGGGUGCUACCACUACCCCUUCGGCUCCGCUGGCUCGCGCAUCUCAGAAGAAGCUGCGGAGUUUAGUGCCGUCCGGUCCGCUGAAAAAAGUCAACAAUGCAUCUCAUUCUGGCGGAAGUGCACCCGUGCAGCUGCCAAAUGCGAAGCUGUGCUCCGUUGCGCCGUCUCCCGCCGCGGCCCCACCCUCGCAGCCCCCGCUACGAGCAACUUUGGACACACGAAAGGAGCACCGUCACACGGCAGAUGCCACUACGCCGCAUCGCGUCGUCAACACGGCGAAGGUUGUGAAAUCUGCAGCGAGUACCGCGAAAGGCGAAAAGUCAACGGCAAAUUCGUCUUCUGAGUCACCACCACCACCAUCACCAGCAACCUCAAAGUCGUCUGAAGGUCCUGCCAAGGCUGCUGCAGCAGCGUCCUCCUCGCCGCUUGUGCCCAAGGGACCUCCCAUGAAGGCGAUGCCCAAAAAGGCAGUAAGAGCCCCGGUAAAGGCGCAGACGAAGGCAUCUGGAACGGCAAAAUUGAUGGACGCCAUGAACCAGCUCGGGUUCUGA